UCGUCCUGCCUUGAAAUAUUUGUGUCAUUUUUUUGGGUCGGCGUCCGCAGCAACGAGUAAAAAGGCGGGCUGAAAAAGGUCUUUUGGUGAUCCCGCUCUGAUCAUGACGUGAAUCGGUCUCUCUCUAAUCCUAGUUCCCCUGCAAACAUGGAGAAUUUCAUCCUCUAUGAUGAGAUCUACCGGGACGAGAACUCCAUCAUGUACAAGGGGCGUCGCAAGGGCUCCAUCAACUUUGUAGCCAUCCACUGCAUGGACAAAGCCCGCCGGCCGGAAGUGACCAAUCGGGUUCGCCUGACCCACGAGCUGGAUCACCCAAACGUUGUCCAGUUUUAUGAGUGGUACGAGACGACUAACCAUCUUUGGCUGGUCGUGGAGUUGUGCACAGGGGGUUGUUUGCGUCAGCUCUUAGUGCAAGACGAGCAUCUGCCAGAGAGUUCUGUCCGUCGAUUUGGUCUGGAUAUGGUCAGGGGUUUGCACUAUCUCCACUCACUGGGGAUACUCUUCAGUGAUCUCCAGCCAUCCAAGAUUCUGUUAGAUGGUCCAGGAAGCUUAAAGUUUGAUGAUUUUAGUCUGUCCCGGGUAGAGGGUGAAGAUCUGGAUGAGCUGUUUGAGAGCACGCUAGGAGAGGAUUGUGGGAGCAGUGGAGACAGUGCCGACCAGGGUAACGGGGAUGCUGCUAAACAAAGAAGAACAUUGGGUUCCCCGUCUUACCUGGCCCCAGAGCUACUCCAGGGUCAGACGCACUCCAUGGCCUGCGAUCUUUGGUCUCUUGGUUGUGUUUUGUACGAGCUGUACACGGGUAAACCGCCGUUUACCGCAGACACCUUCCCUGAUUUGGUUGAUAAGGUGCUGAACAAAAGCUAUGCACAGCCCAAAGUAAAAGGACCACGGAUAUCCUCCAAACCAUCUCCAGAUUUCUGCAGUCUGUUGGAAGGCCUUCUGCAAAAGGAUCCGGAUGAGAGGUUAGACUGGCACAAGCUUGUCGCUCACCCCUUCUGGCAAGGCCAGCUUCUGACAGACAAAGGCAAGGGAGAUGAGGCUGCCUCAGAGGGAGGGGACACACAUGAAGUAACAGCUCAGUCCAGUGUUGACAUGCUGACACAAACGCCAAGUAACAUUAAGCAAUAUAACCUGAUCAGCAUCUCUCCCGACGGUCGUCCAAUCUCGCGUUCCGGCGGCGCUUCCAGCCAGCACCAUCUUCUCAGGACGUCCUUACAGUCCAGCGGUCUGGAGACCUUCCGUCCACAGUCUACCCCCGAGGCCACCGAUACCGCGGCGAAGGAGGCUCACUUCACCAUCAGUUCACGCCCACAAACCUCCCCUGUCGUCUCCUACGAGGCAUCCUCUGAUGUAAAAGAAGUAAAGCCCCACCCACCACGGAAAUCAUCCGGGAAGAAGAAAUCAGUUACCAAGGAAACCAAAGGAGGAGGCGGCGACGGCAAACAUCGAGCAAAGUAUCACAGAGACCGUAAAAUGUCCUUGGAGGAGGAAGGAUCAAAAGGCGAUCUGGUCUACACAUUGUGGGAUCUGACAGUGUCGCCCAUCAUUGAUAAUGCAAAGAUACAAAAACCAACUCCUCUGAAAUACGACGCUAAAAGCUUGCCAGUCUCAGCACCAUCUGUAGAGAAACUGUUAAAGCUCAGCACGGCCGACUUGUUGCAUCAAGUGGACGUUCUAGCCGAAGCCCUCAACAAAAUGAACGACAAGACGGCCAGUGGUCAGCGCUCCAAGGUCCAGUUCCUGAACUACAUCGCUACCAUCUGCAGUAACGGGAGCCUGGGAGCUGUGGUCAUCAAAUCGAAAAUGAUUGCCUCUUUACUGCAGUGCCUGAAAGCCAGCCAAGCUAUCGAAGUUCGGUGCCGAGCAGGCCGUGUCGUCGGACUGCUGGCUCUAAACAUGGAGGAACUUGAAGAGGACGUUCAACUCACCGAGCUUUUUACCGCUCUGACGGAGGUCAUCCGAGACAACACUCGCAACGCCAAGCUGAAGCAAGGCAUGCUGCCUGCUCUGGGUGAGCUGCUGUUCCUUGUCGCUACACAGGAGGAGCAGAAAGGAUGCAGCAUAGAGGCCUGGACAGUCCCGGCUAUCACCUACACCAUGCUCACAAGGUGCAUCCGAGAAGGGGAAGACUCCAUUGUCCAGCAUUAUGCAGCUAAGAGUAUUGAGAAUGUCUGCUCCACCAUGGGAACUCACAGCCAGAAGCUAGCUACUAACGAGGCAGGCCACGUCUUGUGGCAUCUCUUCAACCAUUCCACUGCCGAUGCGCUGAAGAUUACCGCCAUCUCUGCCCUGUGCAGACUGACCAGGCAGUCUGUGGCCAUCUUCCAGAGCGUCAUCGAUAAAGUAGGACUGCCCAACGUCCUGGAAGCGCUCUCGGUCAACAUCACCAAAGUGCAACAGGCGUUGGUCACCAUGUUUGCUGCCUUGCUGACAGAAGGCUCUCACUUACAGAGACUGGUGCAGGACAAGAAUGCUGAGGAUUUCAUUCUUCGGAUCAUCCGACUCCUAGACAGUCCCUCCAUGUUGAUCCGAGCGAAGGCCUUCCUGGUCUUACUGGAGGUAACAAACACCAACAUGGAUAUGAUACACGUAGCCUGCCAAGCAAGGCUUGUGAUGCACAUUGAACGUGACGGUCGUCGUCAACAGACGGGUGGGAAGUCGGACAACCAGGGCCAGGCCAACUACCUGGCUAAAUGCUUGGGUCUCAUCACUAACUACCUGGUGGAUAUAAUACCUCAGAUCCUAGGAGACGCAGUGUCUUCAUUGAAUGCCGUCGCUGGGCGUAAACAUCCUUCCAGCGUCCAAGCCAAACAGCUGAAGACGAGCCUACCACUGGUUCCCGUCGCUUUGCACUUGGUGACCAGCCAGGUCUUUCGUGCCAGAAUCAUCGGGGAGAAGUUCCUUGAGGAUGUCGGUGAUCUCUUGGCCCAUGUCCAGUCUCUGGACAGCGGAGAAACAAGCAUCGAACCUGCCAUAGGUGUAUCAGGAACCACGGAUUUCAUCAACACAGUUCUUUCCAUCUUGGAAGCCGUAGCGCAACACCCCAGCAUCCUCAUGGACUACCACAGCGUCAUCAUUGAGAAUAUCCUGCCAGCUCUUGCCUCACUGGUAUCCAGCGAUAACGGAGAUACCCGUAUCUUCUGCCUGCGCCUCUUCGCCGAGACCACCUCCCUGUACCUGACGCACGACCAGCUGACCGAAGAGCGCCCCCUCACCAACACGAAGCUCCUGGAGGAGAUUAUCGGGGAGCGGUUCCUGCCUCACUCUGAGCAGAUCCUGCUGGAUUCGGACCCGGUACCGGUCUACGGGCUGAAGCUUCUGUUGGCGUUGAUUGAGAAAAGUCCAUCUUAUAUCAAGAGAGUGGAGGAGUUGGAAUUAUAUCCAGUCCUCUUCCAGGUUUUGCUUGACCACCAGAAUGCACCAAUCGGAAGCGCCGUUAGAAACCUCGUAGGAAUCCUGCAUUGUUUGGUCAGCCACAAAGGGACCAAUAUGAAGGCACUGUAUGACCAAGGUAUUGUGGAUCACCUGUGUAGCCUGUUACAGCAGGGUGUGAAUAUUUACAUGGAGUCGGAUGAUACCACAGAUACUAAGAGUGUCCAGCUGCUGCUUACCAGCUUGCAGGAUACCAGCCUCAUACUGCUGAAGUAUGUGGCCGCAACGGUCCGCCAAGUUUUGCAGGCCAAGAAAUCUGGUGUUGAGGCCGACACACGGGGUGCGGAAUCGUUACUCCUGAACAACAAACCAUUCAUAGAAGUCACAGACUGCUUCAUGCAGUUGAUCUGCAGUAAGGAGAGAGACCUCAAGCACACAGCAUGCGAGUGCUUGUCGCUGAUUGCCCAGUUGUUUGGCGGGGAGUACAAAGACACGAUGUCGCCCGACAACAUGGACUGCCUCGCCGCGGCGCUUCCCAAGUCUGACGCCAAGCGACAAAAGUUACUGCUGAGGUUCAUCAAAAGAGUGAUAUCGACAGAGAAACAGCACGCCGACAUGUUGAGGGAGCAAGGUCAAAGGUUAUGCGCUGCUCUGCAAGACAUGGUGCAGACGGCCAGCUCACAUGCCGACGUCGCCGUGUCGUCGCUAGCAGCCGACGUGCUGAAGACUGCUGGAGUCAAAGUAAGCUGAGAAAACAAACUACUUACGGAUUGUGGCUUUAAUAAAGAUGCAUCUUUAAGACAGAUCAUAAGUUAGGUCACAUGUAGGAAGGACGAAGAAUGACAAGGGACUGCCUUGAUUGACUUGUGAGGACUUGUUUAGAACAUUGGGUACGUGUCUGUUGUUGCCUGCCUUUGAUGCAAUCCACACGCCGACUGACAUCGUGCAAAAAUACAUCCACGGUCGCAGAAAAAUUGUUAUCAGUUAAAAAAAAACGGGGUUAAA